AUGGCAGGGGCUGGUAGUACCAGCUCCUCAAUGACAUCGACCUCGCACACCCUAACGUACGCCCCCGAAAUGGCGCCGGCGUCGAAAUCAUCCGAGCUCGCCGCGAGGCAGGGCUUCCUCGCCGCCCUCGAGGUCGCCAACCGACACAAAUUCCUUCGGCCUGACCCGGCGACACCUAAGCACUCCCUGGAUCUGACCAAGGAGACCUUGGACGCUUUUGCCGGCCAGGUCUCCGACGAGCAGCACCAGCGCCUGCGCGAUGCCAAUAGGAAACGGAAGCGCGCCGAGAUGGAUCGCUCGGACGUUCUCAAGAUUCGCAAGCUGCAUAUUGACGGCUUCGAGACGGGCCAGGUCUGGCAGCAGGCCAAGAGGAUCAUUUCGUCGGCGCUAUCAGAGUCGCAGGCCCUGCUGCAGGAGCUGGAGGAGAAUGGCGAGGUUGCGGAUACGUCCGAUGAGAAGGCUUCUGCAACGAAAGUUGUGGAAUUCGGGGAGGAUGGUUUCGAGGUUGGGUCAGACGACUCGGAAGAUGACUCCGACGCAUCGGGCUCUGCCUUUGGCAGCGACGACGAUGAGAUGUCCGGAGCAUCUGAGGAUGAGUCCGAGCUAGAGAAUGGCAUUCAGGGCUCGGAGUCUGAACAAGAUGUUACAGACGGGGACAUGGAAGACAUGGGCGAUGAGGACGACUACGAGGACGACGACGAUGAGGAAGACGGUCCGGAAGAUGAGUACGUCGAAGACCCCCAUGGUCUCAACGAUGGGUUCUUUUCUCUCGAAAGCUUCAACAAGCAGACACAAUGGUUCGAAGACCAAGAUGCCAGGGCAGACCCAAAUACAGAUGUUGUUAGCGAUGAGGAGGAUCUCGACUGGCACGCGGACCCUAUGGCGCAACCGUCAAAAUCCAAAGCUGAUAAAUCAAAAGCUUCUUCCAAGUCAAGGAAAAGCCAUAAAGAGGAAGAGCCCCCAUCGGACUUGGAAAAUGACGAUGAUGACGACGAUGAACAUGGCCCGACUUUCGGCGACAUGGAUCUGGAUGCGCCUGAAGGUGCAAGUGACGACGAAUUUGGAGAGAACGUCAACACUGGCAACGACAAUGAGUUGACGGCGGACGACAUUUUCUACAAGGACUUCUUUGCACCACCAGCCAAGAAGGCCAAGAAGGGAGAUAACCGACGUAACAAGGACUACAGGCCAAAACAGCCGAGGGAGUACGAUGUGGAAGCAGCCAUGGAAGGCGUGAAGCGAGACCUCUUUGAUGACAUGUCCGAGGCGUCAGGAUCAGAAGACGAAUUAUCCGAAGUAGAGGCUGGCGACCCCAAGGCCCGCAAGUCGGCCCACGAAAGGCGCCAAGCAAAAAUCACAGAGGAGAUUCGGAAGCUGGAAGCUGCCAUGGUCAAGCCCAAGGAAUGGACCCUGGCCGGUGAAGCAGCGGCUCCCGAGCGGCCUGUCAAUUCACUGUUGGAAGAGGAUCUCGAGUUUGAGCAUGUUGGAAAGCCUAUUCCUGUCAUCACCGAGGAGGUUAGCGAGAGCAUUGAGGAGAUGAUCAAGCGUCGGAUUAUCGCUCAAGAAUUCGACGAGGUAAUACGACGACUACCAGGCUCUGAUCUCCCUGCCAACACCCGCAGAGGACUUGUCGAGGUUGAUGACACCAAGGCGAAGCAGGGUUUGGCAGAGAUCUAUGAGGAGGAAUAUGUCAAGAAUGCCAACCCAGACACAUAUGUCAGCCAAUCGGACGAGAAGCUUCGCAAAGAGGAGAAGGAGAUCGAGCAGAUGUGGAAAGAGGUCAGUGCAAAGCUGGAUGCUCUCAGCAGCUGGCACUACAAGCCCAAGCCUGCGGCGCCGUCGCUCACUGUCGUCUCGGAUGUCGCGACGGUGGCCAUGGAGGACGCACAGCCCACGACAGCACAAGGCGUCAACGGAGGGGCCAGUAUGAUGGCUCCUCAAGAGGUCUACAAGGCAGGCAAAGAGACGGCAGAGACGGGCGAGGUCGUAUCAAAGAGCGGUCUCCCUGUGGCCCGCCAGGAAAUGAGCCGGGAGGAGAAACUCAGGCGUCGCCGGAGAGAGAAGGAGAGGAUACGGAAAUCCGGCGCUGGUUCUGAUGGCAAGAAGCCUAUCGGAAAGAAGGCGCAGGAGCGCAAGCAGACAAUGUCAGACCUGCGGAAGGGCGGCGUCAUGGUCAUCAACAGACAAGGCGAGAUCAUGGAUGUCGAUGGAAAUAAGCCCAAGGCCUCGAAGGCAAUUUCGAGUGGCAGCUUCAAGUUGUAA